AUGGAAGACGGUGAGCUUGAGUUCUCGAAUCAGGAAGCUUUUUCAAAUUCGAACAUCCCUGAGUGUUCGAUUGAUUCAUUCUUCGAUGAGCUUCUUAAGGAUUCUCACGCGUGUACUCACACUCACACUUGUAACCCUCCGGGACCAGAGAACACGCACACGCACACGUGUCUCCAUGUGCACACCAAGAUCCUCCCUGCGCAGAGCGAAGACAAAGCCUCUACCGACGAUACAUCGGAAUCUUCGGAGAAGAAGAGCAAAAAGAGGCCUUUGGGGAACAGAGAAGCGGUUAAAAAGUACAGAGAGAAGAAGAAGGCUAAAGCGGCUUCGUUGGAGGAUGAAGUCAUCAGGCUUAGAGCGGUGAAUAAUCAGCUGUUGAAGAGGCUGCAAGGUCAAGCUGCAUUAGAAGCUGAGGUUAUGAGGCUCAAGUGUUUGCUGGUUGACAUAAGAGGAAGAAUAGAAGGAGAGAUUGGUGCAUUCCCUUAUCAAAAACCCGCGGUCACAAACGCAAACGCGCCUUUCUCGUAUAUGAUAAACCCUUGCAACAUGCAGUGCGAUGUUGACAACUUGUACUGCCUUCAAAACGGGAACAACGGAGAAGGUGCGUCGAUGAAUGAGCAAGGGCUUAAUGGUUGUGAGUUUGAACAGCUACAAUGCUUGGGGAAUCAGAGUUUAGAUGGCAAAGAGAUCCCUGUUUGUAGUAAUGGACAUGGAACAUUCAGUGGUAAUGCAUCAGGCGCUAAUAAGAGAAAAGACAAUGAAGCCAAACUGUACUUCUUUCAUUUCUGGAAACUCAUGGUGUUUGCUAUUGCAACAGGUGGGACUCGUGCGGCGAAAGCAGUUUGA